AUGCUUGAUUGACGGGAUUAAAAUUUACCCUUCGCACGGUUCCCGUCGAGUCUUCAUUCGCCAUGGCCCAUCCCAUGGGGGUCGGGGUGGGGAGGGAGCGAGAAAUAGAAAGAAAAAGGGCCUGGGGUCGUCGGGUCCCGCAACGUCCAUAAAAGUAUAUGUACUCUCCCGAAAACACUCACCGCCGGCACACGAGUUAUUAACCGAACUUUUCGAAUCCGAGGCGGCAAAGGUGCUAUUACAUACUACUAAUAAGCCAGCAACCCUUCGGUACCAAGCAUACGGCACUGGGGAAAGGAGAAUGUCCAGCCCUGUACACCCCGCACCCGAACCCCUCGAAACUUUGGUCCGCUGCCCAAGAAGCACCAAUCUUUGGGGCCAGCACCGCUGAUCCGCGUGCGUCAGAACCCCGUUAAGACAAAAUAAAAUAAAAAAUAUCGCGAGGCAACGCGCCGCUGGCAUACGUAUUAUUCCCGGCCUCCACCACUACCCAUUCAGCCAUUGUAGGUGGUGGUACAGCAUGAUCGAUCAGGGUCUAUUUUGCGCCGGCACGUCCCAUCCUCAUCUGAGUCAUCUCAACUUACCACCACUGCGUAGUUCUCGCAACGCUAUUAAAUUAUCCUUCUCGCCGGCCCAAAAGUCGGUUGGCCCUCACGAAGCCGGAGCGCGCUCCUUUACUAUCGUCUCCCCUUCCUUUUUUUCUUUUUUCGUUGCUCUCAUGUCUCACUUCUUGUCUUGCCGCACCUUGAGGCGGAACACGGAUAGCUGCAGCGUAGCAUCAGUCAGUUCUGAUCUCACUGUUUCGAGCCUAAGAUCGCCUCCCAAUGCGGCCCUUCGCAGUCUUAGAACGUUCUUAGCCUUUUUAUCUGGUGAUACUAACCUGACAAUGUCUUCGACUCGCCACCAACCACAGCCAUCACCACCAUCCCGGAUGCUGGGUCCUGUGGCUGCUGGGAUGCGCACUCUCUUUUUUUUUGUUUUGCCUGCGGUUUGCUCUGUGGUUGCCGAUAUCCGCGGACAUGGACUAACCCAGCUCUUCCACAAGCAAGCAAAUCCUCCACCGAGGUGCCUCGACAUCGUCGUCCCUUCGGUAAACUUCGUAGCUUACGGGAGCUUACCUCGCAAUCGGUAUCUUCCUAAGAUUCUUAAUUCAUCCUAGCAAACUAGACGGAAAGAACCGCGGUAUAAUUUCCUACGAAGCUGGGGUAUGUAGGUUUGUCCUGACACGUUAUUCCUCGGAAUUCUCAUCCGCGUGGGCCAUCAAAAACGAGCUAUCCUUUUUAGCCUCUCAUCUGUGCUUCGUUACAGAUAUUUGCUACACUAGGUCUUCCACGCCGUAACACGCGCGUGCGAGAUCUCGUUGCACAGCCAUAGACUGAGCAGUGGACGAUGGUCCUGUAGCUGCCCAACCGUAGUACGAGCCUAGCUUCCGACCCCGAAGCUGGUUACUGCCGUGAUCGCACAACUUCGCUGUACGUACGAAGCAUUCUGUAGAACGAUGACUCUGCUAUAGAUCUCGUAGUAUAAGAUCA